GAUAGGACGUGCGCUCAAAAACUAUAAAAAUAUCGUAAUAUUUUACGAGUUUCCGUUUGAAAUUGUAUACUAUUCCACAGCUAAGACUAAAUUGUAUAUAAAAUAAAUAAUAAUAAUAACUUCUGACUGCGAAAAGUCAAAGUAACUUGUUGACAAAAAUAUUUUUGUGAGUUUUACAAAACGGAUAGGUAUUAAAAAGUGCAGUGUAAGCGGUGUGAGUGAAGAGGAUUACGUUUUAAUAUUAAAUGACCUAUCAAACCUGCCUCUUUGAGAUGCCGACGGCCCGAGUGCCGCCCGCUGGGACCUGCUGGGACCCGGACCUCAAGCUGCUCGCUGAUGAUGACCUGCCUCUAGACCCUCGCACGUGGGGACGCGCGGAGGUUGCACGCUGGGUGUCCAAGCGGGGUGGGCUGCCGGAGCGGUUCCCCAUGAACGGGAAGGCCCUCUGUCUUAUGUCACGUGACAUGUUCGCCGCGAGAGUGCCUCACAGCGGACACCAGCUGCAUCAGGACUUCCGGAGAAGACUCGCGAAGGCGUUAGCUCUUCAGGAGCUGAUAGAGAAGCUUACAUCAAAAUCAGUCCAGUAGUUUAGUAACCAAACCUCCUAGUGUUUAGUUCCUAUAAAUUUAUUUGUAUAUUUUUGUAUUAGUUUUAGUUAGUCUCAUCAUCAUCAAUUUAAGAGCCACGCUCUUGUCGGUGUAGCAUUUUCCAUUCCAGUCUAU